AUGCGGUGGGGGAGUACUGGAAACGGCAGCUUCGGCGUUGGGGCCACAGCGUACACUUUAGCAUCACGCGACGAAAAUGCCAGCUACUACUACUACCAGGAACCUCUGGCGCCAUUGACAGCGACCAGUGCAUUCGGAGUUCCGUCGUCCAAUACUCACACUCGAGUCCAUGCGAAGAAACCUCAGGGGAGGAGAAUUAUCGGGAGUAACACACGCUCUAAGGGAAAACGCGAGCUAACGUUCUCAUGCUUUGCAGUCGAAGAAAAAUCUGCAGAUUCUCUGGAAUCUACUGAGUCACAAUCUGUACCAUUAAUCGUGUGCGCUGGGAAGAGCGUGUACGGCUCGACUAGUGACUCCAGUGAAGAUCGCGACAACAAUGCGGUAAACCAGCGAAGUGUGGAUAAUAUCCAACACAACAAUCAAUCAACCUCCUUGCGAGCUAUAACCACAGCAAUUGAGAUGGAUUCCCCACCCAGACACCGCACUGAUGAAGAGUUGGAACAAAUUAUCCGCGAGUUGCGCGACCAAGUCUUCCUGAAGCAAAACCAAGAUCUCGGACAGAUAAAAAUGAAAAAAUCUGCUGUAAAAUCUGAAAGCCCUGCUGAAGAUAAUCAAAAGCGACAACGCAAACACUUGAAAAAUCCGAUUGAAAAGAUGGAAGGUGUUGUUGCAACAGUACCAGCGACUGUCAGUGAAUCGAACCCGAUGGCGUCCAGCGGAUUAUUGCAGCGCCCACUCUCAAGCUCUCAACUCAACCGAAUUAUGGCGGAAAAUACGAUCCAAAUAUCUGUACCUGCUGUCAUAUACGACGCACCUCAAACCACAGCCAAAGCUGGAGUUAGUAGAGCUACAAACAACCAGAUUUCUUCGCUGGAUUUUAGUGCCUUACGUCGAAAAUCUAGACCCAAUUCCAGCUCAACAUACCGUCUAAUAGAGAAGCAGUCACAGCAUCCACGUCACCAAAGGAAGCCGAUUUCAGCCACCCGAAGGGGGCGAAAAGGACGUGAACCUGAUCAAUCGAGCGAUUGUGGCGACAGUUUUCUCUACUUAGUGGACGUUGACAGUGACGAAGACGUGGAUUCUCUCGCUCUCUCACCCGUUGGACCCUGGGUGGUUGACGAUUUCUCGGUUACGAGCGAAACUCCACGGUCUCCUGUGUCGACUUGCCUCUCAGCAUCUAGUCUUGGAAGCGAAGACUUGGAUAGUAACAGUGGAGAAUGGAGUAAUACCGAGUUGGCUGCCAAGUCGCCGCGUAGUCGUCUUUUGUAUUUUUCAGCUUGUGCAGAGAACAGCGAAACAUCCAGAUGUACGACUCCAGAGUUCCAGAGCCAAUCUCUACGUCGCUCAGCCACAUCCAGAAGCAGUUUAAUACCCAGCACAAAGCUGGAUUCUCGAGCCUCGAAACUCAAACGCUGUUCAUCUGCUAAUGUCACAAGAAGUAGAAUCUGUACCAGUUCCAGUUCAACUAGUCGAGUUAAUCCAGUCAGACGUCCUCAAAGUGGAGGAACUAGAAGUUCUCGAAGUAUUCAAAGUGAUGAAUCUACGCGGUAA